CUCACAGGAAGUCGUGUGGUGUUACAUCUUAACUUGACCGUUGGUGAUGCUCGCUCUCUCGCCUCUCUGAAGGAUGCAGCAGCGGGCUGGAUGGUGGAUGGAGGAGGAGGAGGAGGAGGUGAAAGACUGGAAGGCAGAGAAGCGAACUGAAUGAACGGGGGUCUGGAUAGCUGGAUAAGGAGGAGAAGGGAUGCGGAUUCCGGUAGCCCGCCGGCCAGCCUGCCUACUGACGAUGGUUCCGGUCGUUUUGACGAGAGGAUGAGCGGGAGAACACCGACAAACUGCCAUCAUGGUUUUAGCCGUUAUACUUUAGAAUCAUCACCAACUGAUCUCUUCGCCUGUGCCGCGUGAGCGUCAAACUGAACGAAGCGUCGUGAAGUCAAAACAUACCAAAAAUAUAAUUUCAACAUGGAUGCGUCGACGUUACAGACAGGUCUGUUUGUAUGGACGACGUUGUGUCUGCUCGGCAGCAGCAGCAGCAGCAGCGGUCAAUCCUCGGGCCUGCCUCUCGCCAUCCGCGUCCCACUGCGGCAAGGCGCUCUAGCCGAACAGCCGACGCUGCCGCUCCUGCUGCCACCUGCCGCCGAACGCGGCAACGCGGCGAAGCACGGUGCGCGCAGGCGGAGAGGAGCGGCAGCAGGAGCGGCAGCGGGCGGCAUCAGCUUCGUGGACAUGAUUGACAACCUGCGUGGGAAGUCCGGUCAGGGAUACUACGUAGAGAUGUCCGUGGGCUCUCCUCCGCAGAAGUUGAACAUCCUGGUGGAUACAGGAAGCAGUAACUUUGCUGUCGGAGCAGCUGCUCAUCCCUUCCUGCGCAGAUACUACCAUCGUUCACUCUCUGGCUCGUACCGUGACCAGGGCAGGAGUGUGUAUGUUCCCUACACCCAGGGUCGCUGGGAGGGGGAGCUGGGCACCGACCUGGUCUCUGUCCCACACGGCCCCAACGCCACGCUGCGCGCCAACAUUGCUGCAAUCACCCAGUCGGAUCGCUUCUUCAUCAAUGGAUCCAACUGGGAGGGAAUCCUGGGACUGGCCUAUGCUGAUAUAGCCCGGCCUGACGAGACAUUGGAGCCUUUCUUUGACUCUCUGGUUCGCCAGACUCCCGUCCCCAACCUCUUCUCCCUCCAGCUGUGUGGAGCCGGCUUCACCCAGAACAACUCCCUGGGCAGCGCUACUGUUGGCGGCAGCAUGAUCAUCGGAGGAGUGGACCCAUCGCUCUACGUGGGAGAGCUCUGGUACACUCCCAUCCGUAGGGAGUGGUACUAUGAGGUCAUCAUCGUACGUAUUGAGGUGAAUGGACAGGACCUCAACAUGGACUGUAAAGAGUACAACUAUGAUAAGAGCAUCGUGGACAGUGGCACCACCAACCUUCGACUGCCUAGAAAAGUCUUCCAGGCUGCAGUCAAGGCUAUUGAAGCAGCCUCUGCGACCGAACAGUUUCCUUCUGGGUUCUGGCUGGGGGAGCAGCUGGUAUGUUGGCAGACGGGCACUACACCCUGGCACAUCUUCCCACUCAUCUCCCUCUAUCUGAUGAGUGAGAACCACAACCAGUCCUUCAGAAUCUCCAUCCUACCGCAGCAAUACCUGCGGCCAGUAGAGGACGUGGCCUCAGCCCAGGAGGACUGCUACAAGUUUGCCGUGUCCCAGUCCAGCACCGGUACAGUGAUGGGGGCCGUCAUAAUGGAGGGCUUCUAUGUGGUCUUCGACCGAGAAAAGAAACGCAUCGGCUUUGCUGUCAGCACCUGCCAUGUGCAUGAUGAGUAUCGCACAGCCUCUGUGGAAGGCCCGUUUCAUGGCGUCGACCUGGAAGACUGUGGCUACAACAUCCCUCAGACGGACGAGUCCACUCUCAUGACCAUCGCCUACAUCAUGGCGGGAAUCUGCGCUCUCUUCAUGCUGCCGCUGUGUCUCAUGGUGUGCCAGUGGCGCUUCGCCCGCUGCAUCCACCCACACGGGGACUUUGCUGACGACAUAUCGCUCCUUAAGUGAAGGGGGAGAAGAAAGGGGACAAAAGGAGUCGUGGAGACCUACACUUGAAACGCAGGGCAGGGAUGGAUUGUGUUAAAAGGGAAGUACGUUGUUACAAAAUGCUGGUGCUUUUGAAAGAGAGGGUUUUUCUGGAAUAUCAUAGAGUGUAGAAAACGCGGAAUACACAGUGAACAGAGCAUUUGAGGAUAACUAGAGCCAUUACUAACUUGAAGGACAGACAAGAGAAAGUUGGCGUCAUCCGCGUCAACUUUGCCUGUUUGAACUACCUAUGCAGAACAGCAUGGCGAGAGGUGGGAAAAUGCAAAAAAAAAAAAAUCAGCUCUUUGUUAUAAAUAGUGUAUAAAUAGACUACAGAGGUGUAUUGGAUGCAGAGCUCUGCACGGAGGGGUUUGGUGAAAAUUAAAGAGAUCAUUUACAAACAUGGCUAAAUGAAGCAACUCACAACCUGGAUGUGAAUACAAGAUGGGAAUGCAUCAUGUAGACGGACGUGGUUUGCUAUGGUAUGAUAUGAACAUAUGAGGUUAAAUGUGGGUGUUUAUAGAUCUGCUGUUUGUGGCUUUUGAGUGAAUGAAACAAGGUUGAUAUGUGUGAGCAUGCCUGUUUGUGUGCACAGCUGUACUGUUAAGUGAAGAGUAUACCGAAAGAUUUAAUGAAGAUGAUACUUAUGAAAACUAAAAAGAUACUACUGAGUAUGAAUAGCAUCUAUGAAAUUACACUAUUUUGCCAGCAAAGCAUUCUGCAAAUUAAGUACGCAUAAAGAGGUACGUUUGAUGAAAUAUCAGAUUGUAACAGCAUUUAUUGCAUAAAAUCAGUUUUGCUUCGUGUGAAACUGAAACUACUGAACACAGUCAGUAUCAGAUGUCACUUUUACUUCCUAUAUUGAUAGCUUAAAUGUAUCUAUUGUAAAUAAAAUUUGUGCAUUCCAGAUCUUCUAUUUGUGCAGACACAUACACACAUUGCUUAUCCUACUGCUGCACCAUCAGAUGAUUUGCACAUGUAACAACACAUUACAUGUUAACAAACCAAGACUUAAUAGGGCUUCUUUCACAGACACAGAAACAGCCUAACUCACCACAUCUUUCAAUGGGGACCAUAUAUGCUUGGACAAGGAAACCAGCCCAAUGUAUGUUAUACACUAAAGAACGUUAUGUAUGUCUACAAGGGACAGUUUGUAUUGUCUCUCAGCAAGCUGUAAAUAGAUAAACUCAGAACUGUAUAUUUAUCUGUCAGGCGCUGGCAGCACUGUGGAAUCAAUAAAGUACUUAUUGUAACUGUAA